CCGGUUCCUGCUGUGCGAUGAGUCGCCGCCACCAGCCGGACUGGGGGGGAUGCGGCUCAGAAGGCUUCUGAUCAGGCUGCGGGGGUUGCGGCAUCCCCCAGUUGCUUCCUCCACCCUCAUGCUACUUCUCUGCCUCUUCUGGCUGAUGGGCAUUGGGGAAAGCUGGGCCUUAGCGCCUGGCCUGCUACUCAAGCCUCUCCAUGCCUACCGCCUGGUGACCUACUGCCUGUGCCACACAGAUGCCACCCACCUUCUCUUCAAUGUGAUCCUCUUCCCACUGCUGGGAUGGCAUCAGGAGCUGCGUCUGGGCACACUUCGCUACCUCCAUGCCUCACUCCUUGGAGCCACUGUCUCAGCCCUACUGUACUUCCUGCUAGCUGGUCUGUGGGGUGCCCAGCCUGCCGCUGCUGUUGGUGGCUACACACCUGUGCACCUGGCCAUGCUGGGGCACCACCAAAGGCAAUGGAAGCGGAGGGGGAUCUCGGGAGUGAUUCCAACUGCUCUUGCGGCUGGGGUGCUGCUUGGGCUUAGCCAACUUCUGUUGCCCAGCUCUCCUUUCCUCCUGCAUGCCAGUGGGCUGCUGACGUGCCUGGCUUACUGUGCCGGGAUUUUCUCCCCGCUGGAACUGUCAGAGAGAAGCCUGGAAAGGUGGCACAAUGGGUUCAUCUGCAGGACUCUGGCUGGGGUCUCUUUCCUCCCUUUGGUCACACCCCCGGCAACUGCUGGACUCCUUCCAACCGCUGACCCAGCAGCCAGAAAUGAAAGACUCACUUCUGCUCCGGAACAUCAAGCCCAACCAGUCUUCCCGAGAGUUUUUUCCACCUGGACACAACCUCCAACUUCACCAUCUGUCCCUUACCGGGGAGGAGAAAACAUAGGGCUGGAGCAGGAAUCUGGACUGCCAUACGUGUCUGUUUUUCCACCUCCCUUCUCGUGCCCCUCUGGGGCUUCAAACAUUCCUUUUUCAGUCCUCCAUGAAUCCCUGGUUGAUGAGGAGAUGCUGCAGGCUGGAAUCCAGGCCUCUUUGCAGGAUGUGACCGGUGGAGAAGUAAAGCUAUCCAAAUCAUCUGUCUCUUCUCUCCGGCUGCAGCAGCUCCAGAAGAUGGGCUUCCCAACGGAGCAGGCAGUGGUGGCUCUGGCAGCCACAGGCCACGUAGAGGGUGCCGUCUCCUUGCUGACCGGAGGCCAUGUUGGAGAUGCAGCCGUGGUGACUUCAGAGAGCCAGUCAGCUCACCGCACACGGAUGGAUCCCAGGCAGUGAGUAAACAGAGGAAGGAAGUCUCUGCUUCUGGCAUUGCUAAGUACUGGGGAGGAAACAAACCAUACCUGGGAUGGAUAUAGGUUCUUCAUGGAAUCUGCCAAGGAAGAAUGAAACAGGAAGAACAGGGAACAAAGCUGAGAUGAAACUUCGAUUGCUCGGAAGCGUUACAGUUUACAGUCAAGCAGACCCUACCGAAGGGGCAAAACAAGCUGUUGGCUGGGUGGCAGAAUUCCAGGUGCUCCAAGCUAACUAGGAAAUCUUCCUAGGGGAAAUACAGCUCAUUCCUUCUACCACCCUAGACUCCUGAAACUACAGGAUGUGAGAUAUAGAUACUCACUGCCCACUGGUUUUUUCUGAUUGCAGCAUUCCCCCCCUCCUUCCAAGAGCAAAUCUAUCCGUUGCUUCUUAUGUAACAGGGGAAAGAAGCUGCAAUCAGGAAGACCCUUGAAGGAAGAAAAUACAAUUACCCCACCCCUCUCAUUCAAGAAGAAUGGGGCGGCACAGAAUGCAUGUCCACCUGGGUAGUUUAAUUCAGCUUUGAUUUCAGCUGCCUUUGUGUGUGCUGUGUAGCACUCCCACCACCAUCUGCUGCUACUUGAGUUGCCUGCAGGAUCAAGUACCUGUUCUCUCAGAUGAGUAAGUCCACCUGUAAAUGUCCCAUGAUCACCUGGCGCUCAGAGAGGCUGAUAAUUAGUGAUCCUGGAAUGGAUUACCUGGGGGAAUCCAGGGGAUUUAAUAGUGUUUAGAAUCCGGCUGUCUUGAAUUAAAGGACUUGGAAACAUAAACUAUUUCCAUGUAAAGCCACUGGUAGGACAGUAAGAAAAACCCCAGAUGGGCUGUGACUCCUGGGAGUACCGUUUGCCAGGGAAUGGAUUGGUACUGUGUUCUUCAUGAACCAAAAUCUCCCCUGCCCCCUGCCGAGACUGGUAUCUUCUUGUACGGCAGAAUUUUUUCAUGGGGGAGGGAAAAUCAGGCCCAUUAUUUUCCUAUUGUUUCAACUUAGUAAAUUACCAGCAUGUAUGUGAGCAUGCCCCAAACCAUCUGUUGCGCAUGGAGUUGUGCGUGACCACCGCGACAGCGUCUCGGGGUCCUAGAAAAAGCAGGCUAGUGUGCUUCUUGUCCCAAGUUCUCCCCGUCCAUCUCAGUCUCCUUCUGCACCACCCCGACACUGUUCCCUGCCACUGAUGUGAUGAUUCACCAAGGCAUCUGAGAUACGCCAGGAGACAUUCUUUCUGCCCUGGGCUUAGUUGCUGUGACAUCAUCACAAAAGGACCUGGGGCGCUCAAGGCUGGAUUUGAGGGAGGGCUAGGGAAGCUCUAAAACCAAAAUUCAAAAGGUCGAGUUUCCUUGAAUUUGCAUUGUAAGCUUUCAAGUAUCUCAGUGGCAACAGACAUACAUUUGCCUGCCAGCUGCUACCCUGGUAACCUUACCUUUCGUUAUUACAUACUUCUCAGGGCCAAACGAGAUGAAACACUGGGCAUUCCAGGUGCAUGGGGGGGGAGGGCAUCCUGAUUGGGGUUGCAGGGUGCUGGUCGCCUUCUCUCCCCCAUCAUUAUCCUGAACUGAAAGAGCCCCCAAAGGGUGCAGAAAAUGGUACUUUUAAAAAGCUGGGAGCUCUAGGCUCAGAACCCUCCGCAUCUUUUCUGAUUUGGCCCUCAGCAGGACAGGGUGCGAGGUCUGUGUGUGGAGGAAUAUCCCUCUGUGGAUGGGAGAUGCCAUAGCUCAGUAGCAGAGUACAUGCCUUGCGUGCAUUCGAACCCAGCUUCAGACUCUGGCAAUCUCCCAUUAAAAGGAUUUCAGAUGAGCAUAUCUGGUGUAAGACCCUUUCCCCUCCGGAGAGUCUGAAGAUCUGCUCCCAGGGAAUAAAAGCUAUGCCAUUAAAAUCCUUUGAACCAAACCUGGAACCUCUUGCCAAUUAAGAGUACAGGAUACUGAGCUAGAGGGCUCAAGGGUACGACUGGGGAGAAGGCAGAACUUCCUAUGCCCUAUGCUUCCAUCAUGGGUUCCUGUCCCGUCUUCCAUUUAUCCCUUCCUUCUGUCCCUCUUUGCUCCAAAAAUCCAAAGUGUGCAGAACCACAUUAAAGUGUGCCGUGGGAGUACAUUUACGCAAUAAAACCACAG